AUGAAGAAGGCCGCCUUCUUCUCUACGCUCAAGUACGUUGGGAUUCCCUCCCCCCUGACGGUGAACAGGAACAUGAGACGAUUCAACAUGGCUGAAAACGACCGGAAAAUCUUCUUCUCCUUCAACCUGUUUUCCAUCUUUCUCUUCACCCUGCCAAUAAUUUACCUGACCAAGGCGAAUUACAAAAUGUGCGAAGAGAAUGAAGUGGUUUACAACAAGUUAUGUGGCUCUGGAGUGAACAUUACGAAGGGCAUUUUUUCGAAUUAA